CUUUCAGAGUGCAGCAGUAACGUUGUUAUUACGCUCCGAUGGUGAAUUUUUCUUUUAUUUUUCCUACGACGGUGAUAUUUUUUUCUUUUCCCAUUAAACAAGGUAUAUUUUAAUCAUAUACCUUGCGUUAAAUACCACCGAUUUUUAUACGAUAGCUAACAAAAUAAAUUGCUACUUGUAAUAGUUUAAAGUGAAAUGUUAAAAGUGUAAAUUACGGCAGCAGCAGUGUAGCGAACAGAACAAGGCGACAACAUAGCUAAAAGUUCCAAAGGAAAUCGUGGAGACCCCGGACAUCCUAGUGCUAGAGCACAGUGAAAAUGGCAUCUCGUGGUGGACCGAUGGUGGCUGGCUCUGAUGGAGCUGACUACGAAUACAGGCAGCGCGUGGCAGCACCACACCAUAUUAGUUUGCUGAAUAAAUCACGCCUGAGAUGUUGUAUCUUCUUUCAUGCACUACUUUCUUUCGUAAUGAUGGCCAAGCUGACUUCCGAUAUAUUGGAUCGCCUGGAUAUUUUUGUUCUAGAAAUCGAAGAGCUUGAAGUGCCAACACCGCUGUGGUGGGAAUACAUUUGGUUAUCGUCUCUAUUGACGUCCUUCAUUGGCUUGACGGCGGCGAGGGGCAAUAAGGUGCGCGAAAUGCAGAAAUAUAUGAUAGCAAUUGUCGUUUUUGGCGUUCUACCGCUUAUCUACUGCAUGGCCUAUUAUUUUAGCGAUGUGUUGGAGUACAUUAGGCUUGAUGAGAAAACCGAUAUUGACGAAACGGAUAUUUUCUUAUGGCGUGGUCUCCCUUACGGCUUAUUGUGGUAUGCCUUCUGCCUUGUUGCUUCGCAAGUUCAUGGUUUCACAUUGUUCUUUGCUUAUAAUUGCAUCCAAGCAUGGCGUGCCCGCAGCGCUGCCAGGAAGUAUCAGUGAUUCGAAGCGCGCGAAAGCAAAUUUUAUUUGCCAUGAGGAAGCUGCGACCAGCGUCAGCUUAUGCAGACGGUCAAAUGAUGUCUGAUCACUAAAAGUUUAUGCCAUCGAAUUCAUGUCCUUCUCAUUCUGAGGUUAAAAACAAAUUCAUGCAGCAUUUUUAAUCAUCCCUGGCUAUUGGUAUUUUUUUAAAUUUUCGGUGCAAUAUUUUAGCAUUUGCGGUUAUUUCAAUAAAGUCCAUCCCAUAGGUUUGGUGCCUAAAUGUGUUAUAACGCUUCAUGAAAGAUCGUAAAAAUAUAUGAACUUCAUCAGUUACUUCACCACUGGAGCCCAACAUAUGUCGUAUUUUAUUUAUUUUAUUAUAGUACCCCGAAGUAAUUUUGAUCAGCUCUCGAUCAUCUGCACCACAUGCAAAUCCUGGGAAAAACCAAAACAAAAAAACUUAUUUACUGUUGGCAAGCACUAAAAAAUCGAAUCAAGAAAAUUACAUUAUCGAUUUAUGUACUUGCAAAUGAUUGUGCAUUCACAUAGCAUAUACAAUAUGCAUAUGGGUGGCAAUUAGAGCAGUCGACCACCAAAACUGCGCCAAAAUUGGCAUGUUUAAAUACUUGUAUUUACAUGCAUUACUUAAUUGCAUAGCGAUGUAUGUAUGUAUGUGCAAAUUUGUAAAAAGAAUUACUUUAAAGAGACUUUUAGCGGCAAAUAAAUAUUACAUAAAACUUAAGAACAAAUGA